UCCUCAUAUUCUCUUGCGCUGCUGUUGUAGACUUGUCUCCCUCAACUCUCUACUUGAGCUUAAAUUCAAGCUUCAAUUGGGGGAAAGAUAUAAUCUUUUUGAAUCAUUCGCUGAAUCUCUUUCUCAUUCCCUUAAUUUUUAUGUUUUCUUGAUCUUGGAAUUCGUUUUUAACGAAACUCUUCAUGCAAGUAGAAAAGUGUACAUCUAAUUAGUGGGUUUUCAUCUAAGGACACAAGUUCAUUUCUGAGGUCAGCUUAGUUGUGUUCAGUUUCCAGUAUGGGUAGAGGGAGAGGAAAGGGGAGGAAGCAGUCUGUAGUUGCUGAUCACGAUGAUACUGCAAGUGGCGAAGAUGAGAAGUUGCCGAUGAGGAGAAGAGGAAGGCCACAAAAGCCAUUGAAAGGUGAAGUUUUGGAAGAGGAUAAAAUCAUGAUGAUAGAGAAGGAGGAUGAUGGUGUGGAGGAAACAAAGAAACCCACAUUGAAUAAAAGUAAGAGAACCCAAGCUGCAGCAGAGAAUGGCAGGAAGAGGAAGAGAGCUUCUCACGUAGAGGAAAAUACAGAGACUGUAAAAGUGGAAAAUGGUGUGGGAGCCAAAGCUAGUGCUACAGGCUUGAUCAAGUCUGUUGGAUACCGACCAAAUGGGAGUAGAAGGAAAAAUAAGCCUAGACGGGCAGCUGAAGUCGGCGUUGAGUGCCAAUGAAGAUCCUGUUUCACAUUGAGAGAUGAUGCUUUUCCAACUGCUUGAUGGUUCUCUUUUUGAAUUUGUGGUUUUGGUGAUAUGGUUGAGAACAAUUCUUGAAUUCGUGAUUUUUUUUGUUAGUUGAGAACAAAUGUUUGAAUGUUUCUUAUGUUUUUGGUAUUAGAUAGCUUCAUGAUUCAAGUAUUUAGUUUGAGCA